GCCAGGCAUAGUCUGGCACAGUCAUCUCCCACACCUGCGGUUCCGAUACUUGGAAAGCUGAGGCAAGAGGAUCACUUCAGCCCUGGAGUUCAAGGCUGUAGUGAGCUGUGAUUGCAUCAUUGCACUCUAGCCUGGCUGACAGAUGAAUAACCCCAUACCUUCCAAUUUGAAAUCAGAAGCAAAAAAGGCUGCUAAAAUAUUAAGAGAAUUCACAGAAAUUACUUCCAGAAAUGGACCUGACAAGAUCAUUCCUGCCCAUAUAAUCGCCAAGGCGAAAGGACUCGCAGUCCUGUCUGUGGUCAAGGCUGGGUUCCUGGUGACAGCCAGAGGAGGCAGCGGCAUCGUGCUGGCACGGCGUCCUGAUGGGAAAUGGUCCGCACCUUCUGCCAUUGGGAUAGCUGGCCUUGGUGGGGGAUUUGAAAUAGGAAUUGAGCAUCCAUCAAAAGGACCCGAAAACACACAGCAGGAUGUGUUGUUUACAGAGGCCUGCUACACAGGGACUGUCCUACACAUGGUAUCGGAUUUAGUAAUAAUUCUGAAUUACGACAGAGCUGUAGAAGCUUUUGCAAAGGGUGGUAAUCUGACACUCGGCGGGAACCUCACGGUGGCUGUCGGGCCUGUGGGAAGGAACUUAGAAGGGAAUGUUGCCCUGAGGAGCUCAGCUGCCGUCUUCACGUACUGCAAGUCCAGGGGUCUCUUUGCUGGUGUGUCUCUGGAGGGCAGCUGUCUGAUCGAAAGGAAAGAGACUAAUCGAAAAUUUUAUUGCCAAGAUAUUCGAGCUUAUGAUAUUUUAUUUGGAGAUAUACCGCCACCUGCUCAAGCAGAAGAUCUCUAUGAAAUUCUCUAUUCCUUUACUGAAAAGUAUGAAAAUGAAGGACAACGAAUCAACGCCAGGCAAGCAGCACGUGAGCAGCAGCGCAAGGCUAAAGAAUUACCCCCAAAACCAGGGUUGAGACCACAACAGCCAUCGGCACCUGUCCACCUGACUUCUGGCUCUCAAAGUGACAGAAAUGAGUAUAAGCUCUAUCCUGAACUUCCUAGCUAUCAUGAGAGAGUUGGCAAUUCAAAUCUGCCGAUAGAAGUGACAGCGCUCUAUUCGUUUGAAGCACAGCAGCCAGGGGAUUUGAAUUUUCAAGCUGGAGAUAGAAUCAUAGUUAUAUCAAAAACCGAUUCACAUUUUGAUUGGUGGGAAGGAAAGCUUCGAGGUCGAACUGGCAUUUUUCCAGCCAAUUAUGUAACCAUGAAUUAAAGUUCAUGCCACUUUCUUCUUUAAGAAUUACA